AACUUUCGAUAAGAAAUUUAACGUCGAUCGGUCGAGUCGUCGAAAAAUGGUUGCGGGACACAUUAUCGGGAUGUCCCGAUUAAUUUUAUCGCGAUCGAUUCACGCGAAACGUACGACGACCGCAGAUGUCUAACCGAUCUCGGAACCCCCCUCGGAAUCGAAUCCUUGGGAGUAAUCGUGUCCCGAAUCGAGGAUGAGAGACGAUCCCCCUGCGCAGGGUGGAUGUACAACGAGGUGUAGGUGGGAUACAUUUGAGCCGCAGGAGGCAGAGCACGCGCUCGGAUCUCGGCGGUGUUAAUACGACGGCAGCUGAAGAGUUCCGUGGGGUUCCAAGGGGGUUCAACGGAGUUUUACGGAGAGUGAGAGUGAGAGAGAGAGAAAGAGAGAGAGAACGACCCUCCGCACCGGGUCCUGAGGGGUAACGCGGGGGAGGUGAACUCCUUCCUAUAUGUAGCCCCGAAAUACACCCGGACCAACACUAUACGCCUGAAAGCUGCGGAGCGCAGAGUAUCUCGAGCGAGCAAACGGUUCGGUCCUGAGGCUUUUCAUUACAGCUGAAGAAGCGCGACGGUGGUACCGGUUCGAAUAAAAAGAAGUUUGACGAAUAAAUAAAUAAAAUUGAUAGACAAAAUUCAUUUGGGAUAUUUCCUAAACCGACCGCAGAAAAAUUUGGCGGAUAACUUUCCGUACGUUUUACCGUAGGGAUAAUUGUCGGCAGUUUUUAUUCCCCUAUUCCAUUCGUUGUCGUCGUUUAUUUGUUCGAAUUUCUUUCGGUUUUGGUUUUGUUUUGUGAAACGACGCCGACCAGUGCUGGUUUCUUGGAUGUGGUAUGAUUAAGUAUUGUGUUCGAUUGCGAGACUACUUCUGAGUUACGAGGAGACCCUCGACCUUCAAAAUGCCUCGAGCUUUUCUCAUCACUCGACGAAGAUACAACGGAACCGAACAAUUCGAGGAAACUACGAGAGAUUGCAGCCCCGAGCGCGGUGUGAGCGUCGCGGAGUACGGAGGCGGUCAACCCACCUCGGAUGGGGUCAGCGACUGCGGUAGCGAGACGUCCUCGGAAUGCCCCGAAGAAUUGUACAACCUUACGAAACUCGCUGAAGUUAGUUUGGCAGCCGCCGCUGGAACACUGAUACAUCCCACCGGAAGUCUGAUUUGCCAACGCGGUCCUAACUCCCCGUCGAGGUACAAUGACAAAGAAAUAAUAUCUUACGAACUGAACGAAGAACUUGAAAUACGAACGACCGACGAAGAGGAAGCCCUCCAAGAGAGAACGCGGCUGUUCUUCGAGAGGAUCGAAGCUGAAAGAAAAAUAUUGGAACGGUGCUCGCCUACGAGCGAAUUGACGAAUCCGAGGAUUCUUAGAUUGCCGGUGAUCAGAGCGGAGGAUAAUAAGAGUAAAAACGAAACGCAUCACCAUCGUCACAGCCACCGACAGGACAACAGAAAGAUAAGGGGAUCGACGCCGGUCGCAAAGAAGAGCGGAACUUCGCCCGCGAAUCCCAACGAUGUUUCGAAAGCGGAUGAAAACGAAGAUCACGAGUGUCCGGACUGCGGCAAGAGAUAUUCCACUUCUUCGAAUCUCGCCAGACAUCGACAGACUCAUCGUUCCCUCGGUGAUAAAAAGGCGAGGCGAUGUCCGCACUGCGACAAAGUCUACGUCAGCAUGCCGGCUUUCAGCAUGCACGUGAGGACCCACAACCAAGGAUGCAAGUGCCAUUACUGCGGCAAGUGUUUUUCAAGACCGUGGUUACUUCAGGGACACAUACGAACGCAUACGGGUGAAAAACCGUUCAAGUGUACGAUAUGCAACAAGGCGUUCGCCGACAAGUCAAAUCUCCGCGCUCACGUGCAAACCCACUCGAAUACGAAACCUCACGUAUGCGGGCGUUGCGGAAAAGCGUUCGCUCUCAAGUCCUAUUUAUACAAACACGAGGAGUCUUCCUGUAUGCGUUCACAUAAUCGAGCAUCUUCCGAGAAGCGUGAGACCGAAAGGACCAGUCCGUUGCCGAGAAGAAUUUCGGCUCCGGUAACAGCGUCGCCGACGAGCGUUAUCGUUCCUCGAAUGGGUCUCGGAAGAAGCGUGUCCGUAGGGGAUACCCCUCAACAACCGAACAACGCACCUUUCUCAGCGAUAAGGCACACGAAAACUUCCCUCACAUCUUCGAUCGUAAACUCGGUCGAAUCGAGAUCGCCGGAACUGGUCGUUGGAGGGGUCCGAGAAACGCCGGUGGAUAAACAUCCGAAGCGCGAAUUCGCCUCGAACAAUUAUUCCGAAGAAUCGGAAGCUUCGAAUUCCGAACCUUUGCAGAAACAGAAGAAAAUUUUCGAGCUCGAAACUACCGAAGGAUCGGCGUACAGAUCGCAAAUGGUUAUUCGUACUUCGGUUAUAUCUCCGAAUCCGGAACACCUUGGAAGAUUGUCUUCCGGGGGUAACAAAAAAUCGCCGUUCGAUUUCACCGCAGCGUCGAGAACGUCUGCAUUUUCUCGUCCCGCGGGAAUGACACUAAACUUGGCUAUCGCGUGAUACGAUGAAAACCGGUAAUCAAUGAUCCUCGAAAAAAUAUAAGGUGCUAAUGACAAAAGAAAAAAGGAACACAAUGGUUUCGUCGCGAAACGUAAAAAAAAAAAAAAAAAAAAAAAAAUUAAUUAAUAGUAAAUUUUGUAAUCUAAAGAAAUGUUUAAUAUAUUAAUCAUGAUCGAUUGUUAAACAGAAAAUCGGCUAGAAAUAUCGAUCGUUAUCUAAUACGACGUUAUAAUUAUAUAUUAUUCCAAGUAUCUUCCUAAUAGGGACCAUUUAGUAGAUAGUUGAUUGAAAUUAUUAUAAACUAUGAACUGUGAAUUCUUAAAUGUGCCUUAUCAUAAUGUUAAUCUGAGGAUAUACAUAUAUUAUACAUAUGUGUACAUGCCUAGACGAUAUAGUAGUUUUCCUUUCAUUUCUCCAACUCUUUAAUUUCGUCUUUUAAUUAUUUUUUUUCUUCAAUCAAUAGAAAUGGGAAUUCAAAUGUUCUUUUUUAAACCGAAGAUGUUGUCAUCUAGUUAAUGAACCUUAGGUUACAAGGAGAAAACGAAUAGCAAUUAAAAAAAAAUAUGUACGAUUUUUUUUUUCAAUAUAGUCAGUGUUCGUAUUUACAUGAUAGUAAAUCAUUGUUGAUUCAUGGUGCUCGAAACGUUAUUAUAAUAAUUAUGUCGUAAAUAAUAUGAAUGCUCUUCAAGGCAGCUAUAUAUAUAUACACAAUAAUAAUGAUAAUGACAAUAAUAAUAGUAAAAAUAACAGACUUUGUAAAUAUGAUAUUUAGAUAUUUUCUGGUACUAAUCGAUAAUUAAUUAAUUAAUUGACUAAUUGUUUAAUUUAUUAAAAAGCAGAAAGUGCCUCGAAAUACUCGUAUGAUAAUAGAUAUGUUUAUAGAGGUGCGGUGUCGGAUAUUGCAAUAACUCUAACUCUAUAAAGAUAUAAAAUAUGUGCCCGUGUUCAUUACAGAAACUUUAUGUAAUACGUAUAAUUGCAAUAAUUUAAUCGUUUGAUAUAUUACCGAAUAGGUAAUAAUCAGAGUGUGCGCUAGUCGGAAACCAUUUCGCGAUUAACCAGACUAUUUCUUACUUUCAAAAUUAUCAUUACAUACGUACAACUAUCUUUUUUUCUUUUUUCCGAAGAUAAAAAAAAUCGUUCAAGCAAUAAUAACGAGAGAAAAAAUAGGACAAAAAAAAGACAAGAAAAGAACAAAAUUGUAAGUCUGUGGAGAAUCGGUCGCGAAAUGAUAUAUAUAUUUUAUAACAUAAUACAUAAUUAUGCGUUGAAUGUUUUGAAGAAACAGAGCAAUACGAAAAUCAUUAAAUAUAUUAUAUAUUCAAAACCGUACAACUGAUUAAUAUGAUAUAAAUAUAUUUGUAAAUAUUGAGGAGAAAAAAAUUUGUUGUGUCCUAGUCAUAGUUUUAACCCCAUUUGUACUAUUCUUCUUUACAAUUUGUUUUUUUUUUUUCUUUAUUUUUUCUCUUAAAAUAUUUCAAUAAAGUUUCACAUUAUACAUAAUGUAAAUUAACGCAUAUGUAAUAGCAUUCCUAGUUAGCACUUAAUAUCGAUUUACUUGAUGAUCCGUAGCAAAUUUAAAUUUAUCGCUAACAAUUGUUAAUACUAUUAACAGCCCCCCCCCCGAGUGCCUUGAUAAUAAACAUUAUUAUUACUAUUAAUAUCAUGAUAAUAAUUAUUAUUACUGUCAUUUAGUAGAUUUAAUUUUUUUUAUACAAAUUGUGAAACUUUUUGCCAAUUAUGUGGAGCUAUUACGCGUGUUUGUAUUUAAAUUUACGAAUCAAUCAGAAGAACGAUCAAUAAGAAUAAAUAGAGACGAAUGUGAAAAUAUACAAUAUAUCCAGUGAAGUUAA